AUGUCUACCGCUCUCAAGUCAAUCAAAUCUCUCGCUCCUCUCCUUGACCGUGUCUUGGUCCAGAGAAUUAAGGCAGAGACCAGAACCGCUGCCGGUAUCUACCUCCCAGAGUCCAGUGUGAAGGAGCUCAACGAGGCUAGAGUUUUGGCUGUCGGGCCAGGAGGUUUGGAUAAGGAUGGAAAGAGAGUUAGCUGCGGUGUUCAGGCUGGUGACAAAGUUUUGAUUCCUCAGUACGGAGGAUCACCAGUUAAGGUCGGAGAAGAAGAAUACACUUUGUUCAGAGACCAUGAUAUCCUUGCAAAAAUUAACGAAUAA